AUGGCAGUAUCUCUAACUGUGCUUCUCGCGAGCUAUGCUCUGCUUGAGGUAGUCAAUGCUCAAGACUUUUCGUAUGUUCAGCCACUGGACACUGUCAUCUUGACAGAAUAUGGCACUUCACCAGCUGUCUAUCCUUCGCCAAAUACUACUGGUACUGGCUGGGAAGCCGCUGUCAAAAAGGCGGAAGCUUUCAUUGCCCAGCUCACACUCGAAGAGAAGGCUGAUAUGGUCACUGGUCAAGCCGGUCCUUGCGUUGGAAAUAUUGUCGCUAUUCCUCGCCUCGGCUUCCAAGGUCUUUGUCUCCAAGACGGUCCUCUGGCAAUCAGAGUUGCGGAUUAUGCCAGUGUUUUCUCCGCCGCUGUCUCCGCCGGAGCGUCUUGGAACAAGACUCUCCUAUACGAGCGUGGCCAUGCCAUGGGCUCUGAAUUCAAGGCCAAGGGCGCCCAUAUUGCUCUAGCACCUGUUGCUGGACCUCUCGGCCGCUCAGGGUAUGCUGGCCGUAAUUGGGAAGGAUUCAGUUCAGACCCCUACCUCAGCGGAUGGGGCAUGGAGCAAACGAUCAACGGUAUUCAAGAUGCCGGUGUGCAAGCAACCGCAAAGCAUUGGAUUGGCAAUGAGCAGGAGACCGAGCGAAACCCUACAUACCUCCCCAACAGCUUGUCAGAUGACAAGCUUUUCAAUGCGGUGUCCGCCAACAUCGAUGACCGCACGAUGCAUGAGUUGUACAUGUGGCCCUUUGCGAACGCCGCCAAAGCCAAGGCAGCUGCAUUUAUGUGCUCCUACCAACGCCUCAACGGCUCAUACUCUUGCCAGAACAGCAAGUCUACCAACGGACUUCUCAAGACUGAACUCGGAUUCCAAGGUUAUGUCAUGAGUGACUGGGGUGCUACACACGCUGGUGUUCCCGCAAUUGAAGCUGGUCUGGAUAUGAACAUGCCCGGAGGUCUCGGUCCAUAUGGAUUGGCUUUCGGAACUCCAUCCUUCUUUGGUGGAAACAUCACACUCGCCGUUAACAACGGAACUCUUGAUAUGGCUCGUGUCGAUGACAUGAUCACUCGCAUCAUGACUCCGUACUACUGGCUCGGUCAGGACUCAGGCUACCCGACUGUGGAUCCUUCAACCGUUGAACUCAACAACUUCUCGCCUCGCAGUACCUGGACCCGCGAGUGGAACGUGACUGGCGAGAGCAGUCGUGACGUCCGCGGCAACCACGCCGAACUUAUCCGCAGGCAUGGUGCUGAGGCUAGUGUUCUUCUGAAGAACGUGAACGGUGCCCUGCCUCUCAAAGCUCCUAAGAAUAUUGCCGUUUUCGGAAACGACGCCUCCGACCCCCCGAUGUUGCUCAACCAGAACAACUUCGAGUACGGAACACUUGCUGCCGGCGGUGGUUCAGGUACCGGUCAGUUCACCUACAUCUUCACUCCUCUACGGGCUAUUCAAGAUCGUGCUGCUCAAGACGGCGCCAUUGUCCAACACUGGCUCAACAACACUGUCGUUGCCACGACUGGAUUGGAUGACCUGUGGAUUCCUGAUCUUCCUGACGUCUGCAUCGUCCUUCUGAAGACCUGGGCCGAGGAAGGGGCAGAUCGCGCAAGUCUCAGCGUCGACUGGGAUGGCGAUGCCAUGGUUAUGAAUGUGGCGAAAUACUGCAACAACACUGUUGUUGUCACUCACUCGUCUGGCAUCAACACCCUUCCCUGGUCUAACCACCCCAAUGUAACCGCUAUCCUCGCUGCCCACUACCCCGGCCAGGAGACCGGUCAUUCGCUUGUCGAUGUCCUUUACGGCGAUGUGAACCCCUCGGGUCAUCUCCCCUACAGCAUCGCCAUGAACGCCACGGAUUACAACGCCCCACCCACCACCGCCAUCAACACCACCGGCUUCAACGACUGGCAAUCAUGGUUUUCCGAGAAGCUCGAGAUCGAUUACCGCUACUUCGACGCCAAGAACAUGUCCGUUCGCUACGAAUUCGGCUUCGGUUUGUCAUACACCACCUUUGACAUCACAGAUAUGAGCACCACCCCGGUAGAGUCCAACAUCACUUCCUUCCCCGAGAGCCUUCCCAUCCAGCCCGGAGGCAACCCCGCUCUCUGGGAGUCCGUCUACAACGUCACUGUCUCCGUGUCCAACACCGGCUCCGUCGCUGGCGCCGUUGUGCCUCAGCUGUACGUUGGCCUUCCAUCAAGCGCCCCCGAAGGCACACCAGUGCGCCAACUCCGCGGCUUUGACAAGGUCCUCCUUCAGGAGGGUGAGAACCAAACCGUUACAUUUGAGCUGAUGCGCCGAGAUCUGAGUUACUGGGACAUCUUCAGCCAGCAGUGGGUCAUUCCCGAGGGUGAGUUCACCUUUUCGGUCGGACUCAGCAGCAGGGACUUGAAGGUUCAUGAGACGGUUACUGUUGUGGGAUAGGCAGUACGCAAAAUGGAGGUUGUAAGAGAAUGAAGUUAGGAUAGGG